UCCUUACUAUUCUUUCGUGCAUGACACAAAUGAGAAGGGAACAACCAAUAAUUUUAAUGUUCUCUCUGUGGCAUAAAUGAAAAAAAAAAAUUGUUAAAGGCUGCAGUAGGGUGCAUUUAAGAAAAUGGGUCAAAUGACCAGACAGGAAAUUAAUAUCAGGCGGCUAUUGCGAAUUUGUGAAGCGAUGGCAAAAGACGGUAUUAGCAAGAAUUGGAAGCUAGAAAAAUAUAUUGAGUCUUUGGAUGGAAUGAUCGAAACAAUGAACGCCAUAACAGCUAAACCAUCCAGAGAUAUGAUUGCAGAGUAUGUUAAACGAGUAGAAUUUUUGAAAGGAAUAAUUGGCACUUCAAUGUUGAAAGAUACAGUGGAAAAAGUAGUAGCAACUCAAAUGAUUCCUUCAGUUAUGUAUUCUACGACUGAACCGAUGGGUCCUAAUAUAAUGUCGCAAAUACAUCAGAAAACAAGUUCCAAAUAUAAUCAAGAAUUACGUUCGGAAUUAUUUAAACCUCCAGGACAUUCAGAAAAAAUGGAACAUCAGUUACUGAAUUCAGAUCAAAAUGCUGUUGAUUUGGACGCAGUAUUAAAAUAUAACCGCAACAUGCAGGAAAAAAUUGCCAAUAAUAUGCUCUUAAUGACUACAAGCAUGAGAGAACACGCAACAAUAGUAAGUGGUAUUAUUCGAAGAGACAUCAGAUCAUUAGAAAAAAGCAAUAAUCUCACGGUCGUUCACGAAACAAGUCUAAAAUCUGAGUCUCUUAAACUUGAAGAGCACACCAAGUCUAAUUGGAGAUGCUGGGUUUGGCUGAUGGUUGCGUUCGUCUUAGUAGUUUUUUUCAAUAUGGUGCUCUUUAUGAAGGUGACGAGAAAAAAGGUUUAAAUGCGAACUAACGUAACUUUUUAAAGGUAAAAUAAAAUGGAAAAAUUGGGUGAUCAUCAUUUUUUAUUCUAAGUGCGUUUUUUAAACAGGUUGAAGUUACAUGUUAAGAUAUCAAAUAAAAAUUGUUCUAAAUUAUUAUUUUAAUCUUGGUUCAAAAUAUGGAAAGAUAUUAUCCUCUUCUACGG